GUGCGCGCUGGCGGCCCUCAGCGGAGCCGAGCUGUCUGCGCCCGCGCCUCUUGCGGCGGUCCUCCCGACAUGCCGGAGGAGGCGAGCCUCCCGCCUGCCAAGAGGUUCCGGCCGGGCUCCUGCCCUCCCGGGAGGCGAGUGGUGAUGCUGUUGACGGCUGGCGGCAGCGGCGGAGCAGGAGGCGGCCGGAGGCAGACGCCGCCGCUGGCCCAGCCCUCCGCCAGCCCCUACCGCGAGGCCCUGGAGCUGCAGCGGCGGAGUCUGCCCAUCUUCCGUGCGCGGGGCCAGCUGUUGGCUCAGCUCCGAAACCUUGACAGCGCGGUCCUCAUCGGGGAAACUGGCUCUGGGAAGACAACUCAGCUCCCACAGUACCUUUAUGAAGGGGGAGUCAGCCGCCAGGGCAUCAUUGCUGUGACCCAGCCCCGUCGAGUGGCCGCCAUCUCUCUUGCCACCAGAGUCUCAGAUGAGAAGAGGACUGAGCUCGGGAAGCUGGUUGGCUAUACAGUGCGCUUUGAGGACGUCACUUCAGAAGACACCAGGAUCAAGUUCCUGACAGAUGGCAUGCUUCUGCGGGAAGCAAUUUCAGACUCCUUGCUGCGGAGGUACAGCUGUGUCAUUUUGGACGAGGCCCACGAGCGGACUAUCCACACAGAUGUGCUCUUUGGAGUAGUGAAGGCUGCGCAGAAGAGGCGAAAGGAGCUGGGGAGGCUGCCUCUCAAAGUGAUUGUGAUGUCAGCCACCAUGGAUGUCGACCUGUUCUCCCAGUAUUUCAAUGGAGCCCCCGUUCUCUAUCUUGAGGGUCGGCAGCAUCCAAUCCAGAUCUUCUACACCAAGCAGCCUCAGCAGGACUACCUGCAUGCGGCUCUCGUCUCCGUCUUCCAGAUUCACCAGGAAGCCCCCUCCUCUCAGGACAUCCUGGUGUUCCUCACUGGUCAGGAGGAGAUCGAAGCAAUGAGCAAGACCUGCAGAGACAUUGCGAAGCACCUUCCCGACGGCUGCCCUUCAAUGCUCGUCCUGCCUCUCUACGCCUCCCUGCCCUACGCACAGCAGCUCCGAGUCUUCCAGAGGGCCCCAAAGGGCUAUCGCAAAGUGAUCAUUUCAACCAACAUCGCUGAAACCUCCAUAACCAUUACAGGAAUAAAAUAUGUAGUUGACACGGGCAUGGUUAAAGCAAAGAAGUAUAACCCUGACAGUGGCCUUGAGGUACUAGCUGUGCAGCGAGUGUCAAAGACGCAGGCCUGGCAGCGCACAGGCAGGGCCGGCCGAGAGGACAGUGGCGUCUGCUACCGGCUCUACACUGAGGAUGAGUUCGAGAAGUUUGAGAAGAUGACGGUGCCAGAGAUCCAGAGGUGUAACCUGGCAAGCGUGAUACUUCAGCUCCUAGCCAUGAAAGUCCCAAAUGUGCUCACCUUUGACUUCAUGUCCAAACCCUCUCCAGAUCACAUUCAGGCGGCCAUUGCCCAACUGGACCUGUUAGGUGCUCUUGAACAUAAGGAUGACCAGCUUGCCCUGACUCCAAUUGGAAGAAAGAUGGCAGCAUUUCCUUUAGAGCCCAAAUUUGCCAAAACCAUCCUUCUGUCCCCCAAGUUCCACUGCACCGAGGAGAUUCUCACCAUAGUCUCCUUGCUGUCUGUGGACAGUGUCCUUCACAACCCUCCUGCCCGGAGAGAUGAGGUGCAGAGUGUCCGCAAGAAAUUCAUAUCCAGUGAGGGGGAUCACGUCACUCUGCUCAAUAUCUACCGGACCUUCAAAAACAUAGGUGGUAACAAGGACUGGUGCAAAGAAAAUUUUGUCAACAGCAAGAAUAUGCUGCUAGUAGCUGAAGUCAGAGCACAGCUGAGGGAAAUCUGCUUAAAGAUGUCAAUGCCACUCAUGUCAUCUCGAGGGGACAUGGAGAGUGUCCGCCGUUGCCUGGCCCACAGCCUCUUUAUGAGUACCGCGGAACUCCAGCCAGAUGGUACCUAUGCCACCACGGACACACAUCAGCCAGUGGCCAUCCACCCGUCAUCUGUCCUCUUCCACUGCAAGCCUGCCUGUGUGGUAUACACUGCACUGUUGUACACCAACAAAUGCUACAUGCGUGACCUCUGUGUUGUGGAUGCCGAGUGGCUCUACGAGGCUGCCCCUGACUACUUCAGGAGGAAGCUGAAAACUGCCAGAAACUGAGCUGCCCCAGGAUGCUGCAGCAUGGCUGGGCUAGAGCUUAGACCACAGCUGUCUUCCGAACAGGCUUGGAAGAUGGAGAAACAGCACACUUCAGUGCAGCCAGACUUUUGGACAUUAAGAACUUGACGGCAU